GUGCGCAAUAAUACCACGGCGGCAUCUUCUCCCCUCCCAACCGUGCGGUGGCUUCCAAACGACUCCUCCGUCACCGCCUCGCCGUCGCCAUCACCCCGAAAUCAACAUGCCACCAGCCGCCGCCCCCCCACCCCGCACAUGCGCUGCUCUGCUCCCACUUCGCCUACUCGCUCACGCUCACGCCACCCCAGUCUGGCACUCUCCAGCCGACGCCCACAGCCGUAACCACCGCUGAGCACCGCUCUUCCAUGGCGGCCGCCGACGACGAUGGCCAGAUCGACGACGACGAGUACUACGAGUACAACCCGCACCCCUACGGCGGCGGCUACGACAUCUCCGCCACCUACGGCGCCCCGCUCCCGCCCUCCACCUCCACGUGCUACCCCAUCUCCUCCCCCGACGGCGCCCCCGCGCGCCCCUCUCCGCGGCCGCCCGUGCCCGCCCCCGUGACUGCUCCUGCCCCCGCAACGCCGCAGCCGCCACCAGCUUCGCCCCCGAAGCCUCGGCCGGUCCCAUCGCCAGAGCCGGCGAGGACACCGCCCUUUUCGCCGGUUCCGGCUCCGGUGCCGGUCGCGGAGCCGUUCUACUGGCCCAAGCCGCACGACUACGGGGACGCUCCGCGGUGGCCGCCCGUGUACCCCACGCCGGAGGUGUUCCGGCGCUGGCCGUACCUGGCGGCGGGGUCGCAUUGCUGCCACUCGCGGUGCGGGCCGCGCGACUACUGGAGGCAGUGCAUGCGCGGGCUGGACUUCCUCUUCGGCCACGCCGACGGGUACGGGGAGCGGCGGAUUGGGACCGACUGCCACGGGGUCCCAGUGUACGCCAACAAGAAGGGGGGAGUGGAGGACGCCGUGGUGGUCGAGGUGCCGCCGCCGGAAAUCGGGAGGGUGCAGUGGCACGAUGCCGGCGAGGUGCCGGCCAUUGGGAAUGUGCAGUGGCACGACGCUGGCGAGGUGCCAGCAAUUGGGAAUGAGCAGUGGCACGACCACGGCGAGGUGCCAGCGAUUGGGAAUGUGCAGUGGCACAACGCCGGCGAAGCGCACGAUCAGAGCAAUUGGCUAUCUUCUUACGACAACGCAAAAGAGGAUACAUAUGCAUAUGCCCAUUCUACGUAUGGCUCGUAUGACACGUCUUACCAACAGUCUUACAGUGCUGAUGCUGCUCCGGAUGAACCUACGUGGUUUCCCAAUCAGAGCUAUCAGGAUCUUUACAGAGAGGAAGAGCCUCGGUAUCAGGAGGUUUUACCCAGUUAUGGUAUAGAAAGCACAUUUUCAUCUCAACCUAUUUAUUGUUACAAUCAACACUCUGGUGAACAACCACUGCAUGUUGAGGUUGAACCUCCAGAAACAUUUUAUUCUCACAAGUUGGAGUACCACGAGAAUUUCUCAACAUAUACCAAUCAUAUUGAUAAUUCGGAGAUAUCGUCGCAGUCAUGUGAGAUACAGCCCUAUGCAUAUGUACCUGACAGUCCAGUGGAACCUUAUCAAUCUUCUUGGUCGAUGAAUUUGGGAUACUAUCAGGAUUCCACACAAGAGGUGACUCCUCAGUAUGAUAAUCAUGCUUUUGAAUCUGGUGAAUAUGGAGGCAUGUCAAGCAUAUUCUCGUCUUCCUCCUAUCCUGAGCAAGUAGAAGUUUAUGAGCAGUCUUAUGGUGAUGAGUAUGUCUCCUUAGAACAAAAUUUCCAGAGCAACUGGAAUGCUUUUUCUGAAGACACCUCUGGAAUCAAUAAAUCAGUUGAUGAUUGCAGCCAUCUGAAUGGCUCCUUAUGGCCCUUUGGAGAAUACUCGACUUAUACUGUAUAGUCUAUAAUGUUGUAAUUUCACUUUAGUAUCAACAUGUCAUAUAUUAUAUACUGUUGUAAUUUCACUUCAGGAUGACAUGUAUGGACAAUUUGAUAUAAUUUAUGAGGUUAAAUGUAAGUAGUAAACUGCAUCCUACGAAAAGUGUAAGUAGUAGUUGUUUUUGCAUGAUAUGUACCAAAUAUGUGUCAGUUAUGGAUAAAAUGUAAGGUAAUAACAGCAUUGCUGAUCCUAGUAGCAUUUAAUUAUGCAGUUGCCUUUUUUCA